AUGGCACACAAACACAAUCGCAGGCGGGUUCGCCCUCGCAAUCGCACCCAUUCUUCUCUAAAUCCCAUCUUUGAGAUCCCAGACGAGCUCUCAACAUCAUCAGAAUCUUCCACUCUUUUCCCGUCCCCUGCAAACACGGACCUCGAAGAAUCUCCCCUACCCCAAGCACUGAGCACCUCGAAUCCUAAUGUUGCGUCAAGACAUUGGUACAAUCGAUACGUUGCCUGGCAAAACCGCGACAAAGCCCAAAGACGUGAAGCUGCCAAGAUUGAGGCCGAGCAGAUUAAAUUGUUUGGAGGCGAACCAGGUGAUGAUGUCGGACUUUGCUACAAGAUGAUGGAAGUCUUUGAAGGCAUGAAUUGGAUCGACACGCUGGACUAG